AUGUUAGCGCUAUCCCAUAGUUUGCGAGGAUCUUCGGGAGGUCACCAGAGCAAGGUUUGUGGUUUGACGCGGCGGCAUAUCAAAUGUAAAAAUGUCUGGGUCUGAAAGAAUGCGCGAUUUGUCAUGGAGCUUUUCCAUGACCCAUGAAGCCUGGAAUGCAGGACCUAGCAUGACAGAUUCUGUGCGAUCUCUCUCAUGCCUAUCCUGCAUGAGAAACUCCCUUCCGACAUGGUCAAAGCUGGACGAUUGUUGGUAAUCACGCAACACAGAUUUUCGCAUGCUUCAGAUUUAGCAUGACAAGCUUCAAUGUUCCAGACCCAGACAUUUUUACAUUUGAGACGGCAUUUCGGAGCUAGCGCAGGAGCUGCGGCGGUCCGGCACAUGGGAGCGACUUCGAAGAUGGGAGAAACAUGCAUGGGCCAGCGGCACAAUGACGCGACCACAGGUGCUGCGCACCGGGCACCUUUGUCCGUCUCGUCCUCCUGCAACACCCAGCAGCGGGCACUGCCGUUUGUGAAUCACUUCGUGAAUGGCCGACUGUACGACGGUCGUGCCGGAUCUGCUGCUGGAAAAGACACUGCUGCUAAAAAUCCAGGGAGCAGGGAAGAUGAAGUAGACUGUGAGGAACCGGAGCAGGAGAUGACCACAUCUAACAAUAACUACAGUAAGGACGUUACCACGAUGAAGACGUCGAUGCAGGUGGUGUCUCCGGUGUGGGGCACCCCGGUGUCUGAGUUUCCGGUUGCGAGCGAACAGGUUGUGCGGGACACGGUGAGCGUCGCGCAGGCCGCGUUCGAUCAGAAGCACCGCUGGGCGGGGGAUCGCGGUCGCCGCGUGCGCGCGCUGCAAAAGAUGGCGGAGAAGCUGCGCGACCCCGCCGUCUUGCAGCGACUCGCGGAGUCGGAAACGGAACAAAUUGGCCGGCCGCUGCGCGAGAUGCGGUUCCAGCUCGGCCGCCUGCACGAGUGGUUUGAUUACUACGCCGCCGUGCUGCGUGUGCACGAAGACAGCGUGCUGCCGACCACGGGAAACUUGAACUACACGAAGCGCGUCCCGCUCGGGGUCGUGGCCCAGAUUACCCCGUGGAACCACCCCUUGCUGAUCACGGUGAAGAAGUUGGCGCCGGCCCUGGCCGCGGGAAACGCCGUGGUCGUCAAGCCGUCGGAGCUUGCUCCGAAUUCCAUCAUCCUGCUCGCGCAGCUCUUGCACGACGCGUGCAACGGUAGCACCAAGAACACCAGCAAUGUGGAAAACACACCGGACGAUAUCACUUGUAAAAACGUCGUCCUCACCCCAGAGUUGUCAUGCAAAAAUCUGCAUGCUGAGAAGAAAAUAUUUCUCAUGCGGAUCCCCAUGAGAGGCAUUUUCUAGGGUGUUUCGGAAUUGGUCAGGCUCCAAGCAGCAUGAUGGAUAAGCUAGAUCUGUGAUACUGCUGCACGAGCUAAACAGGAUUACACUUCUACGAGGCCACACCUGUCAUAAAGCUUGGAGUGGAGAUUUGUGUUGCAAAUUUACCAACUUUGCUAUGGAUAGGACGUUUUUCCACAGGAUAGACGAUGGGGAAAACCUACUGCCCGACGGCAUUUUGAACAUUCUUCUCGGGGAUGGGAAGACCGGCGCCGCCUUGGUUCAAGACCCCCGGAUCAGCAAGGUGGACUUCACCGGUGGACCCGGCACGGGCAAGGUGAUUGGCGCCGCUGCGGUAUCCUGUGUUAAACUUUUGCCACCCCCGCAUAAGUACCUACGCGUACGCACCUUGCAUAGAAGAAGUUCUCGGAUUCGCACUUGCAGGAAGGUGUGCGAUGCGCCUCCGCAUUUUGAGAGGCAUAAGCUUGAGUCUAGGACGAGCUAAUGCGUCACGAAAAGCAAGUUAAGUUGCUCUGUGUAGUUGCUCUGUGUAGUAUGGUGGAAGUUCUUGCUCUGUGUAGUUGCAGUUCAUCUUGUGCCCAUGCUGAUAGUACUCUCCGUGCUCCUCCGGCAUGCGCAUGAACUUGCCAUGCGCAAACCGCGUUAUAAAAGAUUGUUGAUUUGUGUGAAGAACAAACGGAAAGAGUUAGAACAAUUUGCAUCCUGCCGAUGGACAUUAUCAUGGGGGGCUCCGAAGUUUUCACACAGGAUACGCGGGGGCAAACCUCGCCGGCUACAUCGCGGAGUUGGGCGGCAAAUCACCCAUGCUUGUGUUCGAACCGGGUGUAUGCAUUGCAAAUAUGUCUGGGUCUUGAAGUUUGCAACUUGUUGUGCUAAAUCUGAAUCAUGCAAAAAAUCUGUGUUGCAUGAUUACCAAAAGCAGUAGUUUUUUACCAAGUUGAGAUGGAAGUUCUCAUGCAGGACAGGCAUUAUAGACUAGAUCUCACAGAAUUUGUCAUGCUAGGUGCUGUAUUCCAGACCUCAAGGAUCAUGGAAGACCUGCCUGACAAAUCUUGCAUCCUUCCAGACCCAGACAUAUUUGUUCUGGAUAGGGUGCCGGGUUGGUCGGCGCCGACCGCGAAGCCUACCUGGACCAGAUGGUCAAUGGCGUUGUGUUCGGGUGCUUCAUCGCCAGCGGGCAGACCUGCAUUGCCGGCACGCGGUUGCUGCUGCAAGAAAGUCUCCGGGAAGAAUUUCUGGAGAAAUUGGUAAAGAAGGUUGCCGCGCUCCGCGUCGGCGAUCCCGUGAAGCCGGAAACUGGGCUGGGUCCGGUCAUCACGGGGAAGCAACUCGAUUUCAUCCAAGACACGGUUAACAAGGCUGUCGCCGCCGGGGCGAAGGUUCUGUGCGGGGGAAAGCGAAAGCAAGGUAGAGCGAAAAUAAUUCAAAAGAAAAGCACAAGACAAGUAUGUGUGCCAUCGUUCCAUUGAUUCAUAAAACUAAAAGAUUUUCCUGGUGCUCUGUCUUGUUUCGCACGUACUAGUAGUUUACCAUCAUGAAGAGCAAGUACUUAUCACGGCCAAGCAAAAAAACGUCGAGAGAGUUUCUUUUCUGGAAAUUGGAAACUUUAACUUUAUGACAUAUACAGACUUCACUGCUCCGGAUGCGGCUUUGAAUGCCGGGAACUUUUUUGAAGCCACCGUUCUUCUCUCGGACACCCACGAGAACCCGGCGUUUCACACCGAAAUGUUUGGGCCGGUUUUAUCUGUUACUUGCUUCCGGGAGGAAGCGGACGCGGUGCGGCUUGCGAACGCCACUGAAUUUGGACUUGGCUGCAGCAUUUGGACGCCCGAACUGGCUAAGGCUCACCGCAUCGCUAUCUUGAGCAAAAACGUCCCCACCCCAGAGUCAAGUUGCUAAAUCUGCAACAGAAAUCUCCAGGCUUCAGGAAUUGCGCAUGACAAAUUUGGGCUCGGCGUGUAGCCGCGUUCAGCUAGAGCAGCAGCAUUGCAGAUCCAUUUUGUCAUGCUGAUUUCAGCAUCAAAAAUCUCAAAACACCACUCCAAAAAGCUUCUCAUGGGUCUCCGCAUGAGAAACAUUUCAUGCAUGCAGAUUUGCGUCAGGGGCGUUUUUGCGCAGGAUAAUCGCAGACCAGAUUCAGUCGGGUAUCAUCUGGAUCAACGACCUAUCCAAUGCAAUUAUGUCUGAGUCCUCUGGCAACUUGUGAGGCUGAACUAUGCAUGACUGAAAUAAGUAGCCCAAUGCAACCAAGCAUGACAUCCUGUUUUCAGAACACUUGACUUUCACUGCGCUUUAUUUGUACGACGAAGGAGGGCGUCUUUAAUUUUGUCAGUCAUGCACGAGUACCGUACAGCUACAGAUUUAUUUACAGGAAUGUCGGACUAGCAUUACGUGUUCCAUCUUUCCAGACCCAGACAUGUUUGCAAGGCACACGAGCACCACAAAAACGACCCGAGCUCACCGUGGGGAGGGUUGACGAAGAUGAGCGGCAUUGGACGCGAGAAUGGAAUCGACGCCUUUCACGAAUACACAUAUGCAAGAAAAAAACGCUGUUGGUGUAAAUUUGUGAUGCGCAACAUGCAAGACGAUUGCGUCUGUCAUGCUUGGCAUGCAUCGUAGGGUCCAUUAAAGGGCGUUUUCGCGUACUAUCUGCGCAUGACAGGUUUUUGCUGUCAUGCCUGACAAAUUUGUAAUGCUGUUCCUCCAAAAAAGUUACACCUACAAUGUUUUUUUCUUGGAUAACACACAAUCGAAAUCGAUCGUCGUCAACCCCGCCCCAUACACGGGCGACUGGUUUGGAAACUUGCAAACGAAAUACAACUGAGGCGCGGGGAAGAGAUGAGUUUUUUUUUUUUGUUAGCGUGGAAGAAUAACUACAGAAAAAGAGAGCCAUGUCACGAUAGAAUGUUGCAUCAGACAACGUUCCCAAUGUUCCCAAUGUUGAGAAAAAAGGCGAAUGCGGAUACACGAAAUGCAUGAUAUCGACGAAAAUAAUGAACGACUAGCACCCGUGAAAUUCGCACGAAAAAGGUACACAAAUGAUCGAAUAUAAUCGGGAGCGGAAUUAUUGCACGCUCCUACCACCUCUCAUGGCACGCGAUUAUGGGGGCUCACGCACCAUAUCUGAAACAUGAACAACUACUGUAUUUAGCGCGCAAAAUAAACGAUGGAAUCCAUCGGGAACUCAUCAACAUUCAUACGACAAAUUGAACACGGCAUGUUGAUGAACAACAUACGAAAGAGAUCCGAAAUUAAUUCGGACACUAGGAU